AUGGAAGACAGAUGUAAAUCGAUCAACAUGGGACCCUCAGGAGAAAAAGAUAAAGUUUUGUGUCAAUUGAGUGACUCGGACCACUUGCAACACCCAAAUGAUCUGAAACCGAUGGCAGGUUUCAUGUAUAGGGGCACGGAGAACAAGUGUUGUUUCAACAUGUGCUACAAUAAUGCAACCUGCUUGGUUGGAUUUACGGACAAGGGAUACAAGUGUGUGUGUCCACCUGGUUACACGGGAAACCACUGUGAAAAAAAUGUAAACGAGUGUUCCACGAAAACCCACAACUGUGACGUCAACGCUGAGUGCAACAAUACCGAAGGUUCUUUUAACUGCAGCUGCAAGGUUGGGUUUAAUGGCGAUGGCAAAAAAUGCACAGAUGUAGACGAAUGUACCAACAAUACCCACAACUGCGACGUUAAUGCCAAGUGUAACAAUAUCGAAGGUUCUUUCAACUGCAGCUGCAAGGUUGGGUUUAAUGGCGAUGGCAAAAAAUGCACAGAUGUAGACGAGUGUACCAUCAAUACACACAAUUGCGACGUUAAUGCCAAGUGCAACAAUACCGAAGGUUCUUUCAACUGCAGCUGCAAGUUUGGGUUUAAUGGCGAUGGCAAAACAUGCACAGAUAUAAACGAAUGUGCCACCGAUGCCCACAACUGUGGUGUCCAUGCUCACUGUAAUAAUACCGAGGGUUCCUUUAACUGCAGCUGCAAAGAAGGGUUUAAUGACGAUGGCAAGAACUGUACAGAUGUAAACGAGUGUUCCUCCAAAACCCACAACUGUGACGUCAACGCUGAGUGCAACAAUACCGAAGGUUCUUUUAACUGCAGCUGCAAGGUCGGAUUUAAUGGCAAUGGCAAAAAAUGCACAGUUAAUGCCAAGUGCAACAAUACCGAAGGUUCUUUCAACUGCAGCUGCAAGGUUGGGUUUAAUGGCGAUGGCAAAAAAUGCACAGAUGUAGACGAGUGUACCACCAAUACACACAAUUGCGACGUUAAUGCCAAGUGCAACAAUACCGAAGGUUCUUUCAACUGCAGCUGCAAAGUUGGGUUUAAUGGCGAUGGCAAAAAAUGCACAGAUAUAAACGAAUGUGCCACCGAUCCCCACUACUGUAGUGUCCAUGCUCACUGUAAUAAUAUCGAAGGUUCCUUCAACUGCAGUUGCAAAGAAGGGUUUAAUGGCGAUGGCAAGAACUGUACAGAUAUAGACGAGUGUAUCA